GAGAGAGAGAGAGAGAGAGAGAGAGAGAGAGAGAGAGAGAGAGAGAGAGAGAGAGAGAGAGAGAGAGGUGUAUGUGCCGCUAUGAAUCUCUGCUAAUAUUAAUGCGCAUGUGUCACGGCUUAUGAACGCGUCACUCAGAUGGAUGGAUGAACUUCUCUUACCAUUCGUAGUGUCUCUGGGCAGCAGAACACAUGGUCAUGAUGAAGAUGGUGGUGGUACUGCUCUCUGUGAUGAUGGUCUUCUACGUGCUCCUGAUGGACGCUGUGGUGGAAAGCACUGCAGAAUUUGAUCCAUAUAAGGUUCUUGGAGUCACCAGAAGCGCAAGCCAAGCAGAAAUCAAGAAAGUAUACAAACGCCUGGCCAAAGAAUGGCAUCCUGAUAAAAACAAAAAUCCUGAAGCAGAAGACAUGUUCAUCAAGAUAACCAAGUCUUAUGAGAUCUUAACAAAUGAGGAGAAGAGAGCCAGCUACAAUCGCUAUCGACAAACAGACAACACUCACCCGUAUUACGGUUUCCACCACUUUCAUGACAACUUCUACUUUGACGAGUCUUUCUUCCACUUUCCCUUUAACAAUAAGGGUGGCCGGGACUUUGCUGACAGCAAGUACACGUUGCAUUUCAACCAGUAUGUCAAUGAAGUUGUGCCUGACAGCUUCAAGAGGCCUUACUUGAUUAAGAUUACCUCAGACUGGUGCUUUAGCUGCAUCCAUAUCGAGCCAGUCUGGAAAGAAACAGUGCAGGAAUUGGAAACUCUGGGGAUUGGAAUCGGUGUGGUCGAUGUUGGUUACGAGCGGCGUUUAUCAAAUCACCUGGGCGCACAUCAGACUCCAUCCAUUCUUGGUGUUGUCAAUGGAAAAGUGUCUUUCUUUCAUUACGCUGUUGUUAAGGGCCACCUGAUGCAGUUCGUAGAGGAUUUGCUGCCACAGAGACUAGUCGAAAAGGUCACAGACAAGAACAACCAAGAGUUUCUGAAGAGCUGGCAUGAGCUGAACAAGCCACACGUUCUCCUGUUCGACCAAGUGCCUUCGGUUCCUCUGCUUUAUAAGCUAACAGCGUUUGCCUAUAAGGAUUACGUGCAGUUUGGAUAUGUGGAUCAAGGUCUUUCUGAGACUGCUGACCUGCUCAGAAAAUUCAAUAUUAACACUUACGCUCCAACCAUGCUUGUCUUCAAAGAGGACGUGGAGAACCCUGCAGACAUUAUACAGGCUAAAGGGAUGAAGAAGCAGAUCAUAGAUGAGUUCAUCUCCAACAACAGGUUCCUACUGGCCCCUCGUCUGGUAAACCAGAAGCUAUUUGAUGAGCUUUGCCCGGUUAAACAGUUCCAUCGACGCAGGAAAUAUUGCGUUCUACUCAUCACUGGUGAGGAAGAGUCCUUCGCCACAGGAAAUGAAGCGUUCCUUUCACUAGCCUCCACUAACACUAAUGAUGUAUUGCGGUUUGCUUACGUCUACCAGCGACGGCAGCAGCCUCUUUGUGAUGUUCUUCUACAGAACAAUGACGGCACACCACCACAGCAGGUGGUGAUUCUGGAGAGGCGUAAUGAAGCUGGUAAGAUCCUGUAUAAGCCAUUGUUGGGAGGAUGGAACGGCAGUAAGGAGGACAAACACAAGCUCCUGGAGGAACUCGAAAGACUUCAGAAGGAUCCCACCAUCCUCAACUAUGACGCCAUUCUGCCAGAGCUCAACAAUGAGUUUGCCACGAUGUUUUUAAUAAGAUGGAUUUACACAGCAUAUGACUACUUGUCUGAAAUUAUGGACGAUCUUCUUCACAAUAACUGGCGUGAGAUGAUGCCCCUUAUGUCUUUGUUAUUCUCUGCACUUUUUAUUUUAUUUGGCACAGUCGUUAUUCAAGCUUUUAGUGACUCAAGUGAAGAAAAACAGCCCAAAGCUAAAUCAAAUGAGAAUGCUAAGACAGAGAACGGUUCACCAAACACCUCCAACACAUCCAGCAGUCGUCCACCAAAGAAGAACUUCGUGGAGGUGACCGAGUUAACCGACAUCACAUACACCAGUAACCUGGUGAAGUUGAGGCCGGGUCACAUUAAUGUAGUUCUGGUACUUACUGAUGCCACGAAGAACAUCCUGCUCAGCAAGUUUGCCAAGGAGGUUUAUUCAUUCACAGGGAGUUUGACGCUACACUUCUCCUUCCUGAAUGUGGAUAAACACGGUGAAUGGAUGACUGCUGUGUUGGAGUACGCUCAGGACGCCGUUCAGAUCGACACGGACGAGGACGAGGUGUCCGGCCGCAAAGCAGAUUACACCGGGUACGUUCUAGCCCUCAACGGCCAUAAGAAAUACCUGUGUCUUUUCAAGCCAGUCUACACAGGUGAAGACUUGGAUAGCAAGCCGGAAGAGGAAGGAGGAGGAUCCCGAUCCAGGAAGGGCAUCACACGCUCCAGAUCCACAACUCUUCAGAUCCACCACAAACUGGAUCGACUCGGGCUCUGGAUGGAGCGACUGAUGGAAGGGACUCUGCCCCGGUACUACGUCCCAGCCUGGCCCGGUCUGGAUAAGAUCACUGUCAAUAAAUAAAGCUAGCAUGCUUUUGCUAGAGCUAAUAACCCAGCUUCACCAAAGGCCUCAGCGAAACCAGACUCGACGCUGCUCAGAGCGCAGAUGAUCGUGAGACGAUUAUACGUAAGAGUUUGCAGAAGUUACUUAAGUUUAGCAGUGUGGAGGAACGGAAAAUGUACGAAGUACUUGAAUCGACACGGAUCGCUGCUCUAAUGGAGGGCUCUACAGUCAGUUUGGUUCUUCUGUAUUUAUUUCAAAGGUCGUUGGUUGAGAGCCAAAAUACUGAUACAGCUAUCCUAGCUUUCAAUUUUUGACAUUUCAUUUCCACAACAUUGCGACAUGCUGCUAGUUUAAAAUAGCUAACAAAAAGUAGCAUAACAACAAACAUGAACACUGUAGAGUUUUUAGUCAUAACUAUGUUUACUCAUGAAAAUGCUGUGAAUUUUUAUGUUUUACAAUUUUAAGAGACACUUUCCCUUUUAAUUUAACCCCUUUAAUCAAGAAAGUACGUUUUUGCUUACAAUAAGAUUUUGUACAUUAACUUUAGUUAAUGCAAUAAAUUAAAUAACAAACAAACAAUACUUUUACAGCAUUUAUUGAUCGUGGAUAAUGUACAUUUUUACAGCACAUAUAUGAAACGUUUUAUAGUGAUUCAUUAUUAUUAAUCGCCUAAUGCAUCAACUAAGUAACGAAUUGCAUUAACUGAUGUUAACCUUAAACUAUGUAAAAAAUUACUUGCAGAAAUGACCAAAAAUUAAUUUUAGGCCAAA